AUGGAGUUAAUAUCGUUAUUAAACGCAGAGAGAACAAAAGCUUUUCAGAAAAGCCGUUACGGGAAAAAAACGAACACAUUUUACUUCAUUAGAAGUUUUUUGAAACAACGACCAGUGAUGACGACGACGAUGACGCGGAGCAAAGUUUUCGCCUCCCUCGCGAAAAGAGGAGAGAAAAGAGCACCGCUCUUCGCGAGAACGUGGAAAAGGCAGAACGUGCGACGGAGCGCGAUGGCAUCGAAGAGAAGAUCAAAAACUGUCGUUAAAGCGAUGCAUUUCCCGCAAAACGUCUCCAACUUCUUCACGCCUCUCCUCGCGUUUACGAAAGCAAACGAGUUUGAAAAGAGAAGCGAACGCGCGUAUUUAGAGUACCCGGACUCAGAAGGAAAAAUCCUCUUCUCGAAACCAAGCGAGAAAGCGAACGGUCUGGUGACAAUCUCUCAAUUCGGUCCAAACUGGAGAUCGCUUCGGUUUAACGACGUCGAGCAAGGGUUAGCGUACGUUGUUGAUGAGGAGAUCAUGGACGGGAAAGUUUUGGCGUACGAGUAUUUGCGAGCGAUGGCGGCGGCGACGGCGGCGAAGAGGAGGUUGGAUUUUUCGGAUGAAGAAGAAGAAGACAGAAAAGAAGUCAAUGAAACAAAGGAUAAGAUGCUGAUGAUUGGCAUGGGUUCUGGCGCGUUGCCGUUUUUCAUGGAAACGCAUUUUAGUGAUGAGUUUGAGAUGGAGACGGUGGAACACGAUCCGGUGGUCAUCGAAGCGAUUGAACGGACGUGUUUUAACGGGAACGCGAUACCGUUUCGAUGCGUCGUCGACGACGCUCGCGAGUAUUUGGAAACAAAAGUUAUGAAUGGAAGUUUAGAUAUCAUAAGUAUGGACGCGUUUGAUGGCGGCGGAAACGUACCGGAACAUUUGAUCUCGAGAGCGUUUUUCCGCUUGUGCGGCGAAAAGUUGAAAAACAAUAAUAAUAAUAAUCAAAGAUCGCCGUCGAUGUUCAUCAUGAACUGUUUCAACGGCGUGAGAGGCUCGACCGCGAGAGCGUUUGUUCACGUCGUUUGCGCUCGAUUGGAAAAGUCGAUCGGGCCGGUCAUGACGAUUCCGAUUCACGAUCAGCCGUGUAACGUGAUUGUCGUCGCGUUGUUGAAAAAAGAAGAACCAAGAGAAGAAGAAGAGGACAUACGCGCUCAAUACUCGAGAGACGCGAUCGCUCGAUCCGCUCGAGAAGCUUUCAAACUUGGGAACGCGGAAGAGUGGGACGCCGGUAAAAGAGUCGAAGGUUUGUUCUGGGUCGUCGAUUGCGACGAGAAAGAGAAAACGAUGCGAGAGAUUGAACCGCCGCUAUUGAAUACGAAUACUAAUACGAAGAAGAAGAAGAAGAAUGUGGAGGGUAAAUAUCGAGGACGCAACGGGACGUACAUGCCGAAAGAGUUUGCAGAGAAUAUUGAGGUGUACGAAGGGCAGACUACAGACGCGCAUUCAUACGACGACAAUAUCGAGAAGAGGAGGUAG